AUGUUUGUAUUCAUACUUUACAUACUUUACAGACUUCAGGAAAUUGAUAGACGACUGAAUUCUUGCGAUAGUUUUGAGUCGAGAGAAGAGACACUUAAUAAGCUGUGCGCUCGAAGACAGGAAGAGAUCAGAUUAGCGACACUUUCCAAAAGACAAUCUCUCGAUUACGAGGACAACAACGGAUCGAUGCAUACAUUGCAGAGGAGUUCGACCGACUAUUUCGGGCAAUUGGGGGCCCAUAUGUCAGAUGACGGACAACACAAGUCCUUAAACAAGAGCACCAAAAAGAAUAGCAUAUUCUCGAGUCCCAGACUUAGACACAAAACUCAAUCACAGGUUCUGAGGGCCGCGUCUUCUAUUCCUUCCCUGAUAUUUCCACUGAAAAGCAAUAAAAAUAAAAGUCUCAAUACGUAUGAUAUGUUGGACUCGUCUAACAGUAAUACUCCCGAGAGUUUCGGCAGCUCUAAGAAGAGCUCAAUAGAUGAGGGGUUGAUAUGCAAUACACCAAAGACUAGAAGAAGUCCAUUGCGUUUCUUAGGAAACUUUGUGGACGACAAGCUUUUUAGGGGACGAUUUGGCUCAACAAAGAGGGCCAAGUCUUCAGUAGAAUUGGGACGUCUCUCGUGGGAAAUACCCGACGAUUUGACGGAUAAUAACUCAGCGAAUGGUAAACUCAAUAGAAGAAAGAGCUGUAAUAAAGACGACAAUAUUAGUCAUCAGAACCACAAAGAAUUGUCAAAUUCUAGUCAAAGACUAACCGUCACUGACAGCGGAUUAGUGGACACAACACUCAAAACGAGUGCAUCUAUUUUGAAACGCAAACCACGAUCUCUGAGCACUUGUGUUACCGAUAGGUCUCGACAUAGAAUAGCGAGCGCUACUUCUGAUAGACUCUCGUUAUCCAGUUCUUCAGCCAUCGGAUCAGAUGACGCCGACAUCUUUCUGCCACAACACCAGACGAUGAGGACUGAGAUAUCGGCCGACGCUUUGGCUGAGAUUGAGAUUAUCGUCGACUUUAGGAAUUAG